AUGCAGACGGGCUCCAUUGUGGGUCCCAAACGGCGGCAGAAGCCCCUAAAAUCUGCGUCCCUGAUCUACGCUCCAGGAGUCGGUGGGGAAUAAAGGCGUGGAAAUAGGAUUUAUUUAGCACGCCUCAUCAAAAGGGAAUUAGCAGGGUUUGGGGAGGGAAGACGGGGCUCUGUUCAGAGCUAGGAUGAAUGGCAGGAUCAUCUCUGUAAUCCCAGGCCCCCCCCUCCUCUCCUCCUGCACCCAAGAAAAAGAAGCGAAUCACCCACAUUAGUUCUGAAGGUGCCUCACCCUGCACCUCAAACCACAGAUCCUAAAGGGGAAAUCAGUUUGUAAUGUCUUGCAGGUGAUGUUAAAGAGCGGCACCUGGAUCUUUUCUUCCUCUCUAGCGCCAAUCUCUUUCUUUUAAUUCCUCCUCUCCCUUCAAAACAUGGCCGUGGAGCUGUCAGACUCGAUGAUAGCGAGGCUGACGGCAGAGAGCUGGCGCGCCAACAAGCAACAAACAACGAGCGAGCGUGUAAACUAAAGCAAACAAAGCCCCUCUCCGCUCCUCCAAAGGCAGGAUCCCUCCCACCUGCCACCCUGUGCCGCUGA